AUACUGACAGCCCUAGAACAACAUCUUUAUUAAAACGAUAUUCUGCCUUACAAGUUUUUGCCACCUUGAUGACGUCUGACGGGCAGAUCCUGUAUUGAUCGUAACAGCUGCUUAACGAACCGGUUUCAAGGUUUACCGGCACAUAUUCAUUUUCUACGAAAUUGUUGAUCGAAGAUGGACGUUGAUACUGUGUGGAAGAAUUAAUAUUGAAGACAUUCAAAAUGAAGUGCUUAGUAUUUAUUUGUGCUGCAUCUCUGGUAACUUUGGCGACAUGUGCGCCCGGAACAGGAAUUAGAGAAAAGCAGUCAGCGACGCAAGAUGUGACUGACAAGUUUGAAAAUAUCCACGCUCCAAGACCAAGACGACAAGCUUUGGAUACGGUUGACAUAGUGUACAUCGAUGCUGCAGCCAUAGAUCCAUCUAAAGUAAAUUUACAAAAUAAGGAGAGAACGCAUCUACAGCCAGUUAACGAUGUGACCAAUAUCCAAAAUAUGUAUAAGUUUCCAUCAGCACCUGACUCAAAAUUAGAAUUGGUAUCACAAAAUUCCAAUUUCGCAGUAUACAAACUGAAGGAUGGAGAUGAGAAAACGCCACAAGCUUCUGACAACCAGUAUUUCCGAUAUGACAAUGGGCAGAAUUUGGUCGAAGACAGGGAACCGCCACCACCACCACCAGACUAUCACCAUCCACCACCGCCACCACCUCCGCAUCACCAUCACCAUCCACCCCCUCCUUAUGGUUAUCCUCCUCCCCCACAUCACCACCACCCUCCACCCCCGCCACCUCCUGACGAUUACAGAUCAAAUUACUAUGAGCAAUAUAAUUCCUAUUAUGACGAUUAUUAUAAUAGACCUCCUCCUCCGCGUGAUGAUAGGAGAAGUUAUGAUGACAGACAAACAAGGCAAUCGCCAAAUGACAGACCGUAUCAUCAUGGGCCACCACCAUAUCGCGGUGGACCUCCUGACAGAUUUUAUGGUAGACCGCCCCCACAUCACGGUGGACCGCCAGAUCGCUUUGAUGGCAGACCACCACACCAUGGCGGGCCACCUGACCGUUUUGAUGGUAGACCACCACAUCAUGGUGGCCCACCGGAUAGGUUCGAUCACAGGCCUCCACACCACGGUGGACCCCCUGACAGAUUUGAUAGGAGACCACCCCCGCCGCCAUAUGACGAUCGUUGGUCAAACCGUCCACGGCCUCCUCCUCCUAAUGAUGAUAGACAACCCAAUGACAAAGAAAAUGAAAACUACCAAAAUGGUUCUACUACAUCCACUACCACUACCACGACUACCACUGUUGCUCCAGAUGACGAUGAUCAGUACCAACUCGAUGUACGAUUUGCUGAUGAUGAGAAAAUGGCAACGGAUGAAACGACAAAGAAUGUCAGGAACCCUAAAAGGGGUGCAGUUACUGCACUACCAAUUCUGUCUCGUCUAUUUCAAGCCGCUGCUGUUACACCAGCCGAUUGAUUCUAUUUUUACACAUUUUUGUAUUAAUCAAAGUAUUAUUUACACCAAUAUAUACAAUUGUAACUCGUUAACUAAUGAUUGUUAACUCUGUUUCCUAUAAUUGUUAGAAUUUAUAAAAAAUAUACUGAUUGAAUGUUAUUGCUGUUUAAUUCCUCCUAUUGAAUUUAAUCAUGUUCUUUGGUAUGAAAUGCCUUAAUGUUGAGGUUAUUAAUAAAACAUGUUAGCAAACAUAUACCAACUAAUUAACAAAAAAACUUCAAGAAAAGCAAAUAUGUUUUUUGCUAAGAUGGUAAUGUUUUUAUCAAAGCAACCCAUCCAUGUCAACACUCGCUGAGUUUUUUGCUACUCUAUGAUUAAUAUUGUAUGUAUCAUGACGUUUGAAGAAUGGUACUUAUGAUUAGCAUUAAUAUUUU